AUGCCUUUAUAUGUAAACAAAGCAAAAAAAGUACCCUUUAGUAAUAAAACAUACAAUAUAAAUUUUAUAAGAAAUUUUGACCAGCACAAAUUUAGUAGAAGAAACAAGUUGCACGUAUUAAUAAGUUCCCCAGCACAGGUAAAAUUAUCAGAAAUCGAAGAUGAUCGAGACAGAAGCGGUAAGUUUUGUGUAAUUGAAAUAUGCGGUAAGAUACGAUGGGUUGAGGAAGGUAGAUAUUAUGAUGUAUUUAGAAUAAAACAAGAAGAAAAGAAAAAUAUAUAUUUAAAUAGAGUAUUUUUUUACAGUAAUGAAGAAGGGAUAUAUUCAUUUGGAACCCCUUUUUUAGAUAAUGUACGAAUUAAUGCAACAGUGAUUAAUCAUUUUAGAGGAAAUAAAAUAUAUCGGUUAAAAUUUAAACCAAAAAAAAAUUACAAAAGAUUUUAUGGACAUAGACAGGAAAUGAGUAGAAUUUAUAUAAACAAAAUUGAGUCUAACAAUGAAUUGAUAGAUCGUGAAAGAAGAAAAUAUAAUUUUUUUAGGGAUGAUUCUAUUUAUUAUAUACUUAAUAGAAUUCAUAAUAUAGUAAGACCAAGCUUAGAAUUAAAGCAUUUAAAGAGGAAUUUUAUUGAUUAUUUAAAUAAAUUUUGUUCCCUAAAAUUUGAAACCUUUUAUAAACACAGAGGAAAUUAUAAAAAAGAGCAAAUGCUUCGAAAUAUUCUGAAAACAAAAAAACUAAGUAAGAGACCAGAAGUUAUAGAAGAGGUAAAAAAAAUAGAACAAGAAAAAGAAAAUAAACGUCUAAAUAAAUAUGACCCUUUGGAAGAUUUUGAUCCGAUUGUCAAUGAACUCAUGAUAAAAGAGCAUUUCUAUUCGUGA